AUGAAGGGCAUCGCUGGUCUUACCCUCUUGCCGCUGCUGGCAGCUGCAAAGCCUGUCAUCAAGGCAGACACCUUGAGCCAUCAGAGCAUCGACAACGACGCCGCUCCUCUCAUCUCAUCUGUCGAUGCUGAGACCAUCCCCGACUCUUACCUGAUCGCUUUCAAGGAUCACGUCGACCACCACGAUGCCGCCGCUCACCACACCUGGGUGCAGGACAUCCACGAGCAGACCUUGAACACCAAGCUCGAGCUCCGCAAGAGAUCGCAGGAGCCUUUCCUCGAGACUGUCUUCGACGGUCUCAAGCACACAUACAACAUGGCUGGCCUCAAGGGCUACUCAGGUCACUUUGACGAGUCUGUCAUCGAGGCCAUCCGCAAGCACCCCGAUGUUGCCUUCGUCGAGAAGGACCAGAUUAUGCACACUCUCGCCAAGUCCGAAGACCCUGCAGUCGAGAAGGGCGCUCCCUGGGGUCUCGCUCGUAUCUCUCAUCGCGACAGCUUGACUUUCGGCACAUUCAACAAGUACCUCUACUCAUCCGACGGUGGUGAGGGUGUUGAUGUCUACGUUAUCGACACUGGCACCAACGUUGACCACGUCGACUUUGAGGGCCGUGCCUCCUGGGGCAAGACCAUCCCUCAGGGCGAUGAGGACAAGGACGGCAACGGCCACGGCACUCACUGCUCUGGUACCGUCGCUGGCAAGAAGUACGGUGUCGCCAAGAAGGCUCACGUCAAGGCCGUCAAGGUUCUCCGUUCCAACGGCUCAGGUUCCAUGUCUGAUGUCGUCAAGGGUGUCGAGUACGCCGCUGAGUCUCACCUUGAGCAGGUUGAGAAGGCCAAGAAGGGCAAGAGAAAGGGCUUCAAGGGCAGCACUGCCAACAUGAGUCUUGGUGGUGGCAAGUCUGCUCUCCUCGACCAGGCCGUCAACGCUGCCGUCGACGCUGGCAUCCACUUCGCUGUUGCUGCUGGUAACGACAACGCCGACUCGUGCAGAUACUCCCCUGCCGCUGCUGAGAAGGCCGUCACCGUCGGUGCUUCCACUCUUGCUGACGAGCGUGCCUACUUCUCCAACUACGGCAAGUGCAACGACAUCUUCGCUCCUGGUCUUAACAUUCUUUCCACCUGGAUUGGCAGCGAGACUGCUACCAACGUCAUCUCUGGUACCUCGAUGGCCUCUCCUCACGUUGCUGGUCUCCUCGCCUACCUCCUCUCCCUCCAGCCCUCCAAGAACUCCGCCUACGCCGUCGCUGAUAUCACCCCCAAGAAGCUCAAGGCUGACCUCCUUUCCAUCGCCACUGUUGGUGCUCUUGAGGAUGUUCCCUCAGACACUGCCAACAUCCUUGCCUGGAACGGUGGUGGUUCUGCCAACUACACUGAGGUCAUUGCUGGCGGCAGCUACAAGGCCAAGAACAUCCAGCGCCAGCGCGCUAAGACCAUCGAGGAGCUCAAGUCUGUCACCAAGACCGACUCU